GUUCUGGCAUUAAACAAGCAGCGUCCGCUGCCAGCCAGAGACCAACGUGCCAAACAUGGAAGUGAGAAGAUUCUUGCUCCUGGGGGCAUUCUCUGCCCUGCAGGCUGCUCAUACAGAUCCGGGAACAGAUAUCUGCACCCUCCCUGCAGAGAAGGGCCCAUGUGAUGGCUACUUUCCAGUGUUUUACUAUUCAUCAUCAAGUCACACCUGCAAGGGCUUCAUCUAUGGUGGCUGCGGCGGAAAUGAGAACAGGUUUCCCACCCUGGAAAUGUGUCUUUGGAGCUGCAUGUACAAAGACAUUUGCAGGUUGCCAGUAAAACAGGGGCGCUGCAAACAUCACAAGGUCAGGUACUUCUACAAUCAUACCAACAAAACCUGCGAGAAAUUCACUUACGGUGGCUGCCGGGGCAACAAGAAUCGGUUCCAGACCCUGGACAAGUGUCACACCAAAUGCCUGUACCCAGAGGUCUGCAAACUCCCCGCGGACCCCGGUCCUUGCGAGGCGCACAUGCCUCGCUACUACUACGACCCACACAACAAAUCCUGCGAGCUGUUCGUUUACGGCGGUUGCCAAGGCAACAGGAACCGGUUUUUCACUCUCCAGCAAUGUGAGCAUAUUUGUCACCACCCAGAUAUCUGUGUGCUGCCUGCAGACACGGGGCCCUGUUUCAACUACACCCGCAUGUACCAUUACUCCCCGGCGAGCAAAGAGUGCCUGCCCUUCCCUUACGGAGGCUGCCAGGGAAAUGCCAACCGAUUCCCCACAUUAGAAGAAUGCAUCGAGACCUGCAGUAGGAAAGACAUCUGCAAACUUCCGCAAGAUCCCGGCCCCUGCUCUGGCCACAUUCCCAGAUUCUACUACAACUCGCUCAACAAGACGUGCGAGCAAUUCGUUUACGGCGGCUGCGAAGGGAACGACAACAGGUUUGAAACCCAGACGGAAUGUGCUUGGAAAUGUCGGAAUCCAGAUAUUUGCAAACUGCCUCCAGAGACAGGCCCAUGCAGAGCCGCCCGACUGAGAUACUAUUACAACCCCCGUACUCAAAAGUGUGAGAUAUUCACUUAUGGGGGCUGCAAGGGCAACGAGAACCAGUUUGAAACUCUGGAGGAGUGCGAACAUGCCUGCAAGAAACCAAGUCUGUGUCGACUCCCCCUGAACGCCAGGCAGGAGAAUGCUUCAAUUGCCAUGUAUUACUACAACCCAGCCAAACAGGCCUGUGAGAAGUCCCUGUAUGGAGUCCACAAGGGCAACCCAAACAGAUUUGCAACUCGGGUGGAAUGCUGGGAAACCUGCAGAGAUCCCGAUAUCUGCAAGCUCCCCAAGGAUCCCGGCGCAUGUGAAGAGCGUGUCCUCAGGUUCUACUACGACGCCACCACCAGGCUGUGCACGGCUUUCAACUACACCGGCUGCAAGGGGAAUAAGAAUAACUUUGCCACCAAAGAGGAAUGCCGACAGACCUGUCAGGGCCCAGAGAAACCUGGUUCCUGCCCGCGGGGAUUUCCGGGGAGCUGCCAAGUGACUUGCCAGAAGGACUGCGACUGCCCCGGCGCCAAGAAGUGCUGUUUCACCGGAUGUGGCCAAGUGUGUCUGGAGCCAGUGAAAGCAAAACCUGGAUCUUGCCCACCUGUGCCCGCUGCCGCCACCAAUUCCUGCUCCAAGGGCUGCCAGGAGGACAGCGAUUGCCCCGGCGCAGAGAAAUGCUGCAGCAACGGAGGUGGCCGCACCUGCCAACCCCCCAGACCAUAGAGGUAAGUUUCCUGCUUGUGCUCUGCUGAAUUCCCCACCCUUCGACUGCACCAUCCACGAACCUUCGGCCCACCUUGGCAGGUCACAGACCGAAGACACUCGGCUGUCAGCCUCCACAUGGAGCAAAUCUUUCUCCACGCCGCCAUGUUGACGUCUUUUCACGCGGGACAGGGUUUGGGCCUCGUUCCUCAUCAAGGACUGCAAGAGCAGGAGUUGACCAAGAAGGCGUCGAGAUCAGGUCUCAAACCAGCUUGAAGCAACAAAUAUGGAAAAAAAACUGUGUCCUUGAACACGGACUCAAGUAGAGCACAGGCUGAGACUUCAUUGCGAUGGUAGGACACAGGUUGCAUCAAGGAGAUGACUGAAUUGUUCAAAAUCGUAGCUUGCAUUUUGUUUAGAUUUAAAUUAAAAUUGAGAUUGUAAGGCA